AUGUUAAUGCAAGCUCGGCGUCACAUCAACGUCACAGUUCCACUGAUGGUUAUGGUCCUGUUAGCGGCAAGCCAGCAUCAAGUGUGUGGCACCAAUGGCGAUGGAGAUUCGAGAAGAAUGGUAAAGCUACGCCGAGAUCAAGACGACUGGCUCGCCCUUCCGCCGUUGAAUGUCAAAAAGCCAGUGGGGAGCACCGAUCGCCUGUUCCAGCAGAUCGACGCCUUCGAUCACCUCGAUGACACAACAAAAUCCUCGCCUGCAAAGGACUUGGAAGCAUUUUGGGGCUUUGGUCGAAAGUCGGAGAAGCAGCCCAAGGAGAACAAGCUAAAGUUCUUGCUAAACUAUUCCAGUGAAAAGAAACUGGGAGCAGCGGGAGCUGGAGCAAACACAAAGACCGAUGAAUUGUUCAAGCGGCCGCAGCUGAAGAAACCCGAAAGCGCGCAGCAGCUGGAGCAGCAUCAGCGGCAAAUGGAUCACUUCAAGAACGUUGCUGCCGAUCUGGCAUUUGAGCGAAUGAUGAACAGCCAGCAAGAACGAACACAGAGCGCCAAGGCUGUGUUUAUCCCCUUCUUCACCACCGCAAAACCUUCUUUGGCCAAGUCUGCUCCGGCAAAGUCCCCAAAUGGGAAGAUUUAUCCGCUAAAUCACGCUGCAAAACCUUCUUGGGCGAGAACUUCUUUGGCCAAAACUGUUCCGGCGAAGCCAGCAAAGGAAAAGAUGCCAUCGCCUUUUUUGCCUGCGUUGCCCCGUCCAGGCACCUGUCCGGCAAAGACAACAAAAAAACCUCCCUCCGGGAAGGGUAAGCCCAGUCCCAAACCCAGCCCUAAGCCCAAGCCGUUGGCACCAUCCAGGGCGCAGUGCAAGCACAAGAAUAAACCGCUGAUCAGUGGUUCCUCUGCAAAGCGUUUCGAGGUUGAGAUCCUGGGCAUGAAGAAGCAUCUCCUGUCCAUCCUGAAGACCCUGAAUUUCCUGGAAAUGGAGGUGCUCAGCAGAUCGCCAGACACCUGUCCGCGACACCACCCCAAGGGGAAUGGGAUCGGCAAGGGCAAGGGCAAGGCUCCCAUUCCAAAGAAGAAGACAAAGAUCGGGGAGCGACUGGACAGACCCAACUUACUGUCCAAAGCCAACUCGACGCUUCAUCCUGGCUUUGUUUUCGGCAUUCGACCGGCGGGCACCAAGGAGAAAUUGGCAGAUUUGGCUGCCGCUCGCAGCGAGGAGCUCAUGCUGCGGGGCAAAGUGUGGCAAGAGCAUCUGCAGCAUCUGAUGGCCAGGAAGCGGCCGUACUUAAAGCCAAAGCGGUACGAGGUAGCGCCACCAGCAGCCGCUCGCCUAGAGCCCGUAGACCCAAAGCCUUCCGCCGUCCCGCCACUCAACCUCAAGUCGCUGAGUUCGUUGCUGAAAUCGCGGCCAACUUCAGCUCCGGCACAGCACGUCGGAGUUCCUGCUGGUCGCAUGCCUGUGUCCCCAGCCAAACAUUUAGCCAUUCGAAAUUAUGAACUGUUGCCGAAGAGGCUGAAUGGCACCAAACGCCAUCCGGCGCCGCGGAGGAAAAAGAAGAGAAAGAAGAAGAAAAUGUUGUUAGCUCUACGACCGACUGACCGAACGAUAGCCAGGAAGAUGGCCAGAUAGCAAGAUGCUAGCCCAAUGCGAUGUGGAAGCAAAUUUAAUUGA